GUAUGAGCUAAACUGAUAAGUUCAAAAUCGAAUAUUACAUCGAAGAUUGACCUCCUCUCUUCUAUUCCAGAAGGACACAUCAUCAUCACGACCAGACUCCACAACCUCAUCAUGCGGCAAGACCUCAUCAUCCCUAGGUCAAUCUGCACCUCCAAUGACCUGGCAUCCGUGCAUCCGACCUGCAGACUCGACCACGACCACAGUGAUACCACAUCCGAGGACGUACGCCACGAUGAGGACACAUCAAACCGGGUCAAUGCCCUCACCAGACCUGCAGGUCGACCCUUACUGCUUGCUGGAGGAUGACUUGAAGGACGUUUAUGACUACAUCAGAAAGGCAUUACGACGGAAUACCUAUCAAGAUAGUCUGUACGAGAUAGCGACGUAUUAUUUCGAUGGACACGGGAAGGCAGUUAGACCAAUGGUCACUAUAUUAAUGGCCAGAGCUAUCAAUUAUCAUAUAUGCAAAGAAAAUGGUGGUCUUAUGAAAUCCCAAAGAGAGGUGGCGAUGAUUUCGGAAAUGAUCCACACCGCGUCGCUGGUGCACGAUGACGUCAUAGACCAGUCAGACUUCAGGAGAGGAAAACCCAGUGUCAACGUCAAGUGGAACCAUAAAAAGGUUACGAUGGCGGGUGAUUUCAUCCUAGCAGUAGCUUCCAUGAUGAUUUCUAGAAUAAGAAAUAACGAUGUUACCUUAGUACUAAGUCAGGUAGUAACGGAUCUAGUCCAAGGCGAGUUCAUGCAAUUAGGAGCCAAGGAGACGGAAAACGAACGAUUUGCUCACUAUCUCACCAAAACAUAUAGGAAAACGGCCUCGCUGAAAGCCAAUUCUCUCAAAGCGGUAAGUUUUAAUUUAUAUUCCCAGCAUUUUACGGAUAAAGCAAUAAAUUUAUUUGACAUAUAA